AUGGCUUUCAAUGCUCCCCAAUAUAUUGAUAUCAAGUUCAAUGCUCCCCAAUAUAUUGAUAUCAAGUUCAAUGCUCCCCAAUAUAUUGAUAUCAAGUUCAAUGCUCCCCAAUCUAUUGAUAUCAAGUUCAAUGCUCCCCAAUCUAUUGAUAUCAAGUUCAAUGCUCCCCAAUCUAUUGAUAUCAAGUUCAAUGCUCCCCAAUCUAUUGAUACCAAGUUCAAUGCUCCCCAAUCUAUUGAUAUCAAGUUCAAUGCUCCCCAAUCUAUUGAUAUCAAGUUCAAUGCUCCCCAAUCUAUUGAUAUCAAGUUCAAUGCUCCCCAAUCUAUUGAUAUCAAGUUCAAUGCUCCCCAAUGUAUUGAUAUCAAGUUCAAUGCUCCCCAAUCUAUUGAUAUCAAGUUCAAUGCUCCCCAAUCUAUUGAUAUCAAGUUCAAUGCUCCCCAAUCUAUUGAUAUGAAGUUCAAUGCUCCCCAAUCUAUUGAUAUCAAGUUCAAUGCUCCCCAAUCUAUUGAUAUCAAGUUCAAUGCUCCCCAAUCUAUUGAUAUCAAGUUCAAUGCUCCCCAAUGUAUUGAUAUCAAGUUCAAUGCUCCCCAAUCUAUUGAUAUCAAGUUCAAUGCUCCCCAAUGUAUUGAUAUCAAGUUCAAUGCUCCCCAAUCUAUUGAUAUCAAGUUCAAUGCUCCCCAAUCUAUUGAUAUCAAGUUCAAUGCUCCCCAAUCUAUUGAUAUCAAGUUCAAUGCUCCCCAAUCUAUUGAUAUCAAGUUCAAUGCUCCCCAAUCUAUUGAUAUCAAGUUCAAUGCUCCCCAAUCUAUUGAUAUCAAGUUCAAUGCUCCCCAAUCUAUUGAUAUCAAGUUCAAUGCUCCCCAAUGUAUUGAUAUCAAGUUCAAUGCUCCCCAAUCUAUUGAUAUCAAGUUCAAUGCUCCCCAAUGUAUUGAUAUCAAGUUCAAUGCUCCCCAAUCUAUUGAUAUCAAGUUCAAUGCUCCCCAAUCUAUUGAUAUCAAGUUCAAUGCUCCCCAAUCUAUUGAUAUCAAGUUCAAUGCUCCCCAAUCUAUUGAUAUCAAGUUCAAUGCUCCCCAAUCUAUUGAUAUCAAGUUCAAUGCUCCCCAAUCUAUUGAUAUCAAGUUCAAUGCUCCCCAAUCUAUUGAUAUCAAGUUCAAUGCUCCCCAAUCUAUUGAUAUCAAGUUCAAUGCUCCCCAAUCUAUUGAUAUCAAGUUCAAUGCUCCCCAAUCUAUUGAUAUCAAGUUCAAUGCUCCCCAAUGUAUUGAUAUCAAGUUCAAUGCUCCCCAAUCUAUUGAUAUCAAGUUCAAUGCUCCCCAAUCUAUUGAUAUCAAGUUCAAUGCUCCCCAAUAUAUUGAUAUCAAGUUCAAUGCUCCCCAAUACAUUAUUUUGGCCAGAUUAUUCUUGUAUCUAUAUCUAUAA